ACAAACGGGUCCUUGGAGUCAAUUACAAGUCUUCUCUUAGCCACCACCCAACUUAAAUUGAAAAAACUCAUCACCUUAAGUUAGCUUCCAGUUUGGACUUGACAAUACAUCAAACACUUUAAUCUUCAACACCCCCAACAUGUUCACCAUCGCUCUCUACCUCUAUUCCUUACUCCACCUCCUCUCCUCCACCGCGGCCACAACACCGCCUUACACACCCACCGAUUACUUCCUCCUCAACUGCGGCUCAUCCUCCAGCGCCGUGUCACUAGACGGCCGGAGCUGGGACAGUGAUGCCAACUCAAAAUUCUCACCGUCCAACAUCGGCACCACCUCAUCACCAUCCACGGCCACCCAACUGGAUCCUUCUGUCACCGAAAUCCCUUUCCUCACCGCCCGCAUCUUCACCUCCAAUUUCACCUACACUUUCCCCGUCUCCUCCGGCCCCAAAUUCAUCCGCCUCUACUUCUACCCAGCCAACUACACCAACUCAAUUCUCGACAGAUCAAAAUAUUACUUUUCCGUCACCGCCGCAAACUACACCCUCCUAAGCAACUUCAGUGCCUUCCUCACCGUCUCUGCUUUGGUUCCCCAACAAUCCUCUCUUGUCAAAGAGUACAUUCUCAAUGUCAGAGACAUCCAAAAGCUCGACAUAACAUUCAACCCAUCUCCCAACUCAUACGCCUUUAUCAACGGCAUCGAAGUCGUUUCGAUUCCCAACAAUUUCUACAUCAAAGGCGAUCGUAUCCCUUUUCUUGGCAUUCAACAACCUGUCUACAUUCAACAAUCUGCCUAUUUCGAUAACAACACUGCUCUUGAAACUCUGUACCGGUUAAACGUUGGUGGCAACGACGUGUCUGUGAAUGACGAUACCGGCAUGUACCGGACGUGGCAUCAAGAUGAGCCGUACAUAUACGGCGCCGCCAUUGGUUCGGUGCCUCACCUUGAGGUCCCAAUUCGAUACACUAACGAGACACCGAAUUACACUGCUCCGGCGACUGUGUACACUACGGCUCGGACCAUGGGACAGGACCCAAAUAUAAACUUGCGGUACAAUUUGACUUGGAUCUUCACCGUUGAUUCUGGGUUCUGGUACCUGGCUAGGCUUCAUUUUUGCGAGUUUCAACCGGAGGUAACCAAAGAAAAUGAGAGGAUAUUUUCGGUGUAUAUGAAUAAUCAGACGGCUGAUCAAGAGGUUGAUGUUAUACGCUUGAGUGGGGGUAAGGGAAUUCCUGUUUUCAAAGACUACGUUCUUUCUGUCCCACCCGUCGAUGGUCUCCAGACUAAGGUGGAUUUGUGGCUCGCGAUGCACCCGAAUGUGAACUCCAAGCCCGCGUACGCUGAUGCAAUCUUGAACGGUUUAGAGAUCUUCAAAUUGAAUCAAUCGAACGGAAGUCUUGCCGGGCCCAAUCCUGAAUACGUUCCUGUACCGGGCAAACAGAAUAGUAAAACGUUGUUGGUCUUCGCCCUCGCUGGAGGUGUAAUCGGCGGAGUAUUCUUAAUUUCAGUGAUUGGUUUCUUGAUUUUCCGGCAUCGGAGGAGGGUGAGAGACUCCGGUGCAAGCGUGGUCAAGUCAAACUCCACGAAGACUAACGCUUCAUCAUUACCGUCUGAAGGAUUGUGUCGUCGCUUCUCACUUGCUGAGAUUCAAUCCAUGACCAACAACUUCGAUGAUGAAUUGGUCAUUGGAAGUGGUGGAUUUGGUAAGGUCUACAAAGGACUCAUCGAUGGUGAGGAAACCACUGUUGCUAUAAAGCGGUUGAAUUCAAUGUCUAAGCAAGGUGCACAUGAAUUUUGGACAGAGAUCGAGAUGCUUUCCAAGCUUCGACACAAUAAUCUUGUCAGUCUUAUAGGCUAUUGUGAAGAAGGCGAUGAGAUGAUCCUUGUUUAUGAGUAUAUAGAGAAUGGUACCCUUGCUAAUCAUCUCUACAAAAUUAAUACCAGUGGAAAUAUUUGUCACAUAUCAUGGAAGCAAAGGCUCAACAUUUGCAUUGGUGUUGCACGUGGAUUGGAUUACCUUCACACGAGUACUCAGCAAGGUGUCAUACACCGAGAUAUGAAAACCACAAAUAUUCUGUUGGACAAGGCUUGGGUAGCUAAGAUUUCAGAUUUUGGUUUGUGCAAAAUGGGCAUCACAAGCGAUUUUGGCACCCACGUUAGCACAGACAUUAAAGGCACAUUUGGUUAUUUAGAUCCAGAGUAUUUCAUGACUCGUCGGCUAACCAAGAAAUCAGAUGUGUAUGCCUUCGGUGUUGUGUUGUUCGAAGUGCUUUGUGGGAGGCCGGCAGUCGAUAUGAGGCUUGAGGAAGAACAAUGCAGUCUAGCCCUAUGGGCUCAACAUUGUAUCAAAAAGAAGAAACUUGGUCAGAUCAUUGACCCUAGCAUGAGGGACCAAAUCUCGCCACAUUGCCUGAAGGUGUUCGCAAAAAUUGCUAACAAAUGCUUAAAUAGUAAUCCAAAUGGACGUCCUACAAUGGCUGAUGUAGUGGUGAGCCUGGAGUGCGCUUUGGCGGCACAGGAUCAACAGGGAUAUACAAGUAGAUGUUGAUCUGCCACAAGUAUCAUCCCCUCGUAUGCAUUGCUGGCUCAAGAUCAGUGCAAGAAUAUACAAGCAGAUGAUGAUCUGCCACAAGGUACCGUGCACUCAUCCGCAUUGAUGGCACAAGAGCACUGUAGGGUUAUACAAGCAGAUGAUGCUCUGCCACAAGGUAUAGUCCCCUCUCCCUCCACUCUUGUGCAAUACUGUGAGAAUUAGGUUUGUUCAUGGAUCGAUCCAGGUCAGGUUAGCAUGCCAAUCGAACCAAAAACAUCGAGUUCAUUUUUUGUUGGACCAAUUUCACCCGCAUGCUUCUUCGAAAUCACAUUUCCGCUAAACUGAUUUCGGCGGUCAGCUUCAAUUAGCUCUGGUAACCGCCUCCCUUUGCCACUUCACCGCCUCUGCAAAGCGAGAUAGUGGAGAUGAAAGGUUCCCCAUUACUAAGAAGGUGAUCUUUGUCAUCAUUUUUGUCACGACCUAACCUCUAGUACCCAGGGGCUGGAUGUCGCAACUAAUCGAUUCCUAAGUUACCAAGUAUUUAUUCUAAAUUAAACAAGUCAAUAAUGUAGCAGAGUAAAAUAAAAGAUGUACAUAAAUAUUUAUUUCAUUUAAAAUAUACAUACGGUUUUUCGGUUUUUAAAUCAUAAAAAUUGAAAGGAUCGGUUCGGUGCUAAAUAUAUUCUUAACACCGACUGAAUCGAACUCUGUGUACCCCUACUCUUGGUUCUUCCUGAUUGAAUUUUUUUUUGGUUUUGUUUUGUGAUCGUAAUGGUGUGUGUAUGUCUUUAAAUAACAGUAUAAUUAAAUGUCAUAAUCAUCCUUAUUAUCAUCCCCCGUU